AUGUCCUAUUUCUACGCACCGCCUCCGCCUCCGCCACCAAGCAACAGCGGCACAGCCCCCACACCCACAUUCACGUCUAAACACCGCGAGGAAGACGAAGAAGACGAGGAGUCGCUGCUAGCUAAAAAGCUGGCGGCUAAUGGCCCUGUCCCUAUCCAGGGAACAUCAGUGCUGCUUAUCACACCAGAGGACAUUGAGAAAUGGAGAGCAGAACGACGCCAAAACUGGCCCACGCGCAAACGGGUGCAGGAGAAGCAGGAAAAGGAACGGGAACAACAAACUAAGAAACAGAAGACAAACCCAGGCGAUAUGGACAAACUGCCAACCGCAAACAACAGCAACAAAGAAUCUGGCCCCAAAAAAUGUUCUUUCUUCAUGAAAACAGGAAAAUGCAGAUUCGGAGACAAGUGCAGAUUCUCACACGACAAAUCAGGGGCCACUGCAACGGGCUCUGCAAGCUCAGGUGGAGCACCUGCACCUCCGGCAGACCACGCUUCAAAGGUCUACAGACGGUACCAGCCACCCAAAAAGAUGCCGCUGUACAAGAAGCUCUUCCGGACCGACAUUAUGAAGGAGAACGAAACUCUACUUGCAUUCAUUAACCAUCUCAACGAGCAGGGACUGCUGGAUUAG